AUGGCAACACGCCGUGCAUUAAAAGCUGUUUUGGUAGAUCUCAAUGGCACACUUCACAUUGAAGAUGCAGCUGUGCCGGGCGCGCAGGAAGCUCUUAAAAGGCUAAGGGCUGCUUCGGUAACAAUUAAGUUUGUGACCAACACAACCAAAGAGAGCAAGCAAGACCUAGUGGAGAGGUUGCAGAAACUGGAGUUUGAUAUUUCUGAAGAUGAAAUAUUCACUUCUCUGACGGCAGCCAGAAAUUUGAUAGAAGAGAAACAUGUCAGGCCUAUGCUGCUAGUUGAUGAUCGGGCGCUACGGGAUUUCAAAGGAAUACAGACAAGUGAUCCGAAUGCUGUGGUAGUAGGAUUGGCACCAGAACAGUUUCAGUAUUCAAUUCUGAACCAGGCGUUUCGGUUACUCCUGGAAGGGGCUCCUCUGAUCGCAAUCCACAAAGCCAGGUAUUACAAGAGGAAAGAUGGCUUAGCGCUGGGGCCCGGGCCGUUUGUGACGGGCUUGGAGUACGCCACUGACACCAGAGCCAUCGUUGUGGGGAAGCCAGAGAAGACUUUCUUCUUGGAGGCACUGCGGGGCACGGGCUGUGAGCCCGAGGAGGCCGUCAUGAUAGGUGAUGAUUGCAGGGAUGAUGUUGGUGGGGCUCAGAAUGUUGGCAUGCUGGGCAUCUUGGUGAAAACUGGGAAGUAUCGAGCAGCAGAUGAAGGAAAAAUUAAUCCGCCUCCUUACUUGACUUGUGAGAGCUUUCCUCAGGCUGUGGACCACAUUCUCCAACAUCUUCUGUGAACCUGAAGCAACUUGAGAUGCUGCCUGUCAUGGUGUGGAAUGAAUCCCUUA